AUGUCGGACUUACCGCCGGAAAUAGUCGCCGACUUUCUGUCCCGAGUUCCGGCACAGCCUCUGCUACGAUUCCGGUGCGUAUUAAAAUCAUGGCGUGCGAUAAUCGACAAUACAGACUUCAUCAAAACACAUCUGAAUCGAACCAUCCCAACCGACUCCGAUCGGAAGCUUAUUCUCCGCUCCUGGCAUCUCUACUCGGCGCACUUCGAUGAGUUCGAAAAGACGAAUACAUCCGUAUAUGAGGAGCUUGACCACCCCUUAAACCGGCCCGGCGUCGGAACUAUUUUGCGGGAUCAGAAUGUGUUUUACGGAUUUGGGUAUGAUAAUGUGAGUGAUGAUUACAAGGUAUUGAGAAUAGCACAGUCUUAUGACUGUGAGAGUGAAGUGAAAGUUUUUAGUAUGAAAUCCAACUCUUGGAGGAAAAUUCAUUGUUUUCUUCAUUAUCUGAAAUAUGAAAGAGCCCAUGGAGUACAGGCUGCAGGUGCUUUACAUUGGGUUGUAAGCAGGAAGCCAGACUCAGAAAUGGAAAAUUUGCUUGCAGCUUUUGAUCUUGGGACUGAGGAAUAUAGGCUGGUUCCUGAGCCCAAUUAUUCCAAUGAAAGAGCUCAUGUGAUGAGGGUUUUAGGGGAAUCCCUUUGUGUGGUCUGCAAUUAUUGUGUUUCCUUUUACAUUGACAUUUGGGUGAUGAAGAAGUAUGCAGUGAAAGAAUCUUGGACUAAGCUGUUUAGGGUUGCAGAAUCGGAUGUUAGAAUCAAACCACUGGAGAAUGUGACACCAGUAGCAUACUCCAAAAGUGGCAGGGAAGUGUUUAUGGUGCAAAAUGGUACACUGUCUCUUUGGUAUGAUACAGAACAGAGAACAAUUAGUUAUUCAACAUUUUGCAUCUCUAGUGUGCCAAUCCUUAUGGAGCAUGAAUUGUGCUUUGGAAGCCUGGUUCGACUUGAUGGCGGUGUUAGUGGCAGUUGGGGGGUUGGUGGAUAG